GGACGCGUUCACGCGCGUUGUGCGGCUCGGGAAAACGACGAUGCGGCCCUCGGGCGAUGCCGUUGUCAUCGAAGGCGACGGGGACAUCACCGACGACCUGCUGAAGCUCAUCCUCAACGGCGGCUACACGACGGUGACGAUCCUCCAGACGGUCGUCGGGCCCGACGGAAGCGUCGACACGCGGACCUUCGUUCUCGAAGGGGAAGACAUCGAGGAUCAACUUCAGCGCAUCAUCAUCGACGGCUGGAACGUGCUGACAGAGAAGAAAGCCUCUGGAACCUUCUCGCUGGACGGAGACAGAAUCUCCGAGGAGCUGCUCCGACAGAUCCGUGCCGGCGCGUUCAGCAAGGUGACCCUGCGCAAGACCAUUGUGGACGCUGACGGCAGCCGCAGCGUGAAGACGUUCACCCUGGAAGGGGAUGAUCUGGAGGGGCAGAUCAGGCGGCUCAUCAGCGAAGGGGGCAUCUUGCACACGUCGGUGAGGAAGACGGUGACGAAACCCGACGGCACGACGAGCGUGGAGACGUUCAACGUGGACGGCAAAGACUUCGACGUCGAGGAGCAGAUCCGGCGCAUAACGGCCAGCGAAACCAUCGGGAGCCGGAAGAAGCCCCCGGCAGCACGCAAACCGCCCAAGGCCAAGAAACCCAAGAAGAACAACAAGAGGAAUGUGGAUACCAGGAAGCCUGUUACCAAGGUCGUCAAAGCCAAGCCCAGGAGACAGCCUUAAUCCAAAGCCAGCAAGAAGAAAACUACAAGACCGAUGAUGCCAUUACCUUUCUGAAAGCUUUUGGGCAACACUCUCUUUGAAUUCUCCCCAUUCAACGCUCUCUCGCUCUCUCUCCCCCGCUCCCGAUGAUUAACUUUACACGGCAGCAAGAGUGCACCACACCGGAAUGCAAAUGAGCGGCGCUGGAGUAGCUUAGGGACUACCCCCGCAUCGAUUUCUUCUUUUUUUUAUUUACGGCCCUCUUGUUUGUUUGUUUCAAGGUGUGCUGGACAAGGGGUUUAUGGCGCUGUGCCGAAGGAGCGGCAUAAAGCAUCGUAGGGGCACUGCGGGACCCAUUCUCUGUCCACGUAGCCUCGCCAGCCAAGGACAAACAUCCUGCCUCGGCCCCUAACCCCGCAGCCCCGUGGAUAUUUCCCCGCCCCCCCUCCUGCCACCGCCCCAAUUACAAAUUCCGCAUCGAAAUUGUUCGGAUAAAUAAUUUGCCCCGAAAGAAACUGACCAACCAAACCCAACCGUGGUUGUACGUCCGGGGUGGGGGUGCGGGACGGGGCGGGUGGUGGGGGGGGCCCGAGGGGUGAUUUUUGUUUGCCGCGAGUUGGGGGGCCCGCGUUUGUGACCCGCGGAAGGAUGCCCGCGUUCGGCGGGCAUCCUUCUCCGUGAAGGUCUCAACGUCGGCUGGACGUAAGUCACGACGCUCGGUGGGGGAAAUUGCAAGAAAGUGUUGCCACUUUAUUUGGUGCUCCACUUCUCGACUCGAUAUAUUGUGCGUUGUUUGUUGUUUUUUUAUUGAGAAGCCUCACUCUUUAGCGAUAGAUAUAUAAGGCAUGUCUAUAUAUGUGUAUGUUAGGAACGUCACGGGGUUCUCUCCCGCGGACGGACGCGCUUGGCUCAGUUGUAUAUAACUGAUGGCGGUCGAUUCGUUUAUUUGAACAUUUCUGUUCUUGGAGGACAAUGCGGGGAGGGAAGAAGAUACAACAUCGCUCAGCCUACCCAAACCCCUGAGUUCGUUACGCUUUUAUCAUCCCACCUUUUGAUCUUCCCAAACGGUGUAAACGCAUUGCUGUGAGAACCGAGAAAAAAAGUGCAUUUAGAGGAAAAUUGUUUAUGGGAAUUUAUUUCUCGGGCUGCCACUGCUGCUGCUGUUGCUGCUGAUUUCUUAUUAUUGCCAGCUCUGCUUGCCUCUGGGGCUCACCUCACGUCUCCUACUGCCAGGCAGCAGCCUUCCACAGCACGAAUUAGCCGUGCAGAUUUAGGAGCCCGAUUCGCGCUUUGCCGAAUAUCCUGCGCUGGGGUUUGGUUUUUUUUAGUCUUCGGCUGGCGAAAACCUCCCAAGUUCUCCCUUGCCAUCAAUGAUGAGGAUGAUGAAAAUCUGGCCUUGGAAGUGUUUGGUGCUGGCCGGGGAGCGAAAUUUUGCGCAGGCUACAGGCGGCAUGGAACCGAUUCACGUGGUGGUUCGCCAGCGCCAUUCGGAGCAUCCUCGCGGCUUUUCAGCUCCUCCGUGUCACCGCUCCUCAUCUUUUGUGCCUUUCGCGUGUUGCCUGCCUCAGCAUCCCCACGAAGUGCGGCCGUUUGAACGAAGUCAACGUACAGGACCCGCGUUCGCUUUGGCUGAACGUUGGCGGCAGAGCGAACGAUCUUGUGGGGGCUCCACCGUCGUGCGUGGUCGGGAGGACGCUGUUGUAACCGUGGGAGCGUGAGGUCACGUGCGCGAGGUCACGUGCGUUCUGCGUCUCUCUCGUUGUCGGUGACGGCUGCGAGUCUUUUGACGACGGUGCCGCUCUUCUCAAACCAACGAACGAACCCAACCUUGGUCGUCCGUUACUGCCGCCUCGUCCCUGUUACACGUGCCCAUCUUGUUGUUGUUUGUUGUUUUCGUCUUGGAAUAAAAUGUGCACGUACGUAA